AUGGCUGUGUUGGGUUUUACACCAUCAAAAGACUUUGAUGACUUUGUUGGCAUAGGAGCUCGUAUCACCGAGAUAAAAUCGAAGUUGAUCUUCCAGUCAGAGAAUGUUAAGGUGAUUGGGCUUUUGGGUCCUGGCGGGAUUGGUAAGACAACCACUGCUAGAGUUUUAUACAACCAACUCUCUCACGCUUUUCAAUUCAACACGUUUUUGGAGAAUAUCAGAGGGAGUUAUGAGAAGCCUUGUGGCAACGACUAUCAGUUGAAGUUGCGUUUGCAGAAAAACUUGUUGUCUCAAAUAUUCAACCAAAGUGACAUUGAGGUUCGUCACUUAGGAGGUGCUCAAGAAAUGCUGAGUGACAAAAAGGUGUUGGUUGUUUUUGAUGAAGUGGAUAACUGGUGGCAGCUAGAGGAAAUGGCAAAGCAGCCUGGAUGGGUUGGUCCCGGAAGUAUUAUUAUCAUUACAACCGAAGAUAGAAAACUUCUCAAGGCACUCAGACUCAGGAGCGAUCAUAUGUACGAGAUGAAAUAUCCAACUAGAAAUGAGUCUCUGGAGAUCUUCUGCCAAUAUGCUUUCGGUCGAAAGUAUCCAGAUAAUGGUUUUGAAAGUCUUGCUUGGGAAGUUACUUGGAUUGCUGGUGAUCUUCCUCUAGGCCUAAGAGUUAUGGGGUCGUAUCUACGAGGAAUGUCCAGGGAAGAGUGGAUAGAGGCACUACCAUGGCUCAGGUCUACCCUUGACAGAGAAAUUGAAUCAACUCUAAGAUUUAGCUACAACGCCUUGAGAGAUAAUGAAAAAACUCUUUUUCUGCAUAUAGCAUGUUUCUUUACUGGUGUCCGGGUUGAUAGCUUCAAAAGAUUACUGCGACAAAUGGGUAGAGAAAUUGUCAAGAAACAGUCUAUGAAGAAUCCAGGAAAACCACUUUACUUGACGGGCACCAAUGAGAUUUAUGAUGUGCUUGAUGAGGAUACUGCUACUGGAAAUGUUCGAGGCAAAUUGUUGUGUAUGACCGAGACAAUCAAUGGGAGGAAUAAACUCCAGUUUCUAUACUUUGACUCUAAUCCCAUUCCCGACAAACUCAUAUUGGACAAACUCAUAUUGCUACAUUGGAACGAAUCUCCAUUGAGAGUUUGGCCUUCCACGUUCUCUGGCAAGCUUUUUGCCGAACUAGUCAUGCAACGUAGCCAAUUCGAGAUGCUUUGGGAGGGAACUAAAAUUCCGGAUCUCCGCAUGCAGAAAAUGAGGAAAUGCAGCCAUGGUUACGUCCCAUAUAACUUGCCACACCCACAGCUAAUUAGAUCAUACAGUGGAAGAGAUACAAUUAAGGGAGUGUAA